GAAAUACAGGUGUUACAUGAUAGUAACAUAUCGGCGAAUGUUGUAUCUGUUAAGUUAGUCAGUUGUUCGAUGAACGGCAGCUUCAUCAGUUGCGAACGAAAACGCUCCGCUUCAUCCAAAUAUAUAUUAAAUCUGUGAUAAUCGCGACAGUGACGUGCUAUUAGCACCUGUUCGUUACGAAUUUCUUCGGUGUCAAAAUUUGCAUGUCGGUUUCGCCUUGCGCAUUCACUUCGCGGAGACUAUACAGAUUUUAGUGCUACACAUUUCUUUAAUUUCAAUAUCUGUGUUCCACAAUUCAAGUACGUCAUUGGACCAGAAAACCUUCAACAUGUUCAGUUUAAGCAUUGCAAAUAAGUUGUCAUCGUUCGCGUUGUUAUUGUGCUGUGUCUGUGUUUCCUUAGUGUCGUGCGUGCGUUACGAUGGUGCUAUGAGACCUGACACAUAUGUGGAAUAUCAGAAUGCUCGUCCUGUGCAGGACGGGCAGGACGGGCAGGACGGGCAGACCAGGGUGUUCACAUUCCCGCACGAUGGUCAAUUUCAUGGCGGCGCACCGCUCUACGACUUCACGACUCGUCGACCCUCGUUCGAAGGGAGCAAGCAACCCGAAAGCAUGGCUACGGAUGCGCCAUCAUGCUGUGGCUCCGCAAAUCAACAGAUACCCAUAGAAUUGAUUAUGCAAUUGAAUGAAGUGAAAAAUGUGUCAGAACUGUGGGAAUUUGUCAGUACUGAUACUCCUGUGGGAGAUGACAUUGAUGCAUCAAUAUACGAAGUUGCAAAUAGAUUCGGCGGAGAUCCGGAUGUCGAACGAAGUGCAGCAAUGGUUCCCAAGCCUGCCAAUUGUAUGCCCGAGUUGAAAACAGUACCCUUGGUACCAGAAACGUCUACAACUGCAGGAGUCUUCUACUUUCCUUCUUGCACACGAGUUAAGCGUUGUGGAGGAUGUUGCUCACAUGCACUACUUUCUUGUCAACCUGUGCAGACAGAACAAAUUGCCAUGCAGAUCAUCAAAUCAGAAUUUGGCGGCGGUUCUAAAUUAUCCUACGCUGGAAAAGAGAUUGUUCUGGUGGAGCAGCAUACAAAAUGCAAAUGCGAUUGCAUUGUAAAACCUGAGCACUGUAAUCAAUUCCAAGAGUACAAGAAAAGUGAAUGCCGUUGCGCCUGCACGAACAACGACGACGAACAAAAAUGCCUGCAGGAGGGCGUCCUGAAAUUAUGGGACCCGCACUCCUGCGUCUGCAGGUGCCGAGAGACCCAGGACUGCACGACAGGAUUCUACUUCGACCAAUCCACGUGCCAAUGCUCCCAGAUUCCAUCGCGCAAUCUUGGGCCAGGAGACAGAACGCGUUUCAAAGUAAAACCGAUUUUGGAGCCAGUUCAACCAAAUGAUGGAGAUGUCUACGAGGUGUAG